UGACGGAUGUCUUAUUUACUACAUUUUUCCUCGAAGAAUCGUAACUGAACGUAUAGAAUUGCUUGAUUUAGUGAUAAUUAAGUGUUAUCAGUGUCAUCAUGUUGAUUCGGACAUAAAAUGCACGAUUCAAACUAGUUCGUCCGCACGACACCACAACUCUGGUGGCGCCUCGGUAGCUCGCACGCCAUUUGUACAGACUUCUGACGAUACUCGAUGAGUUACAUUCUAGAGAGCAGCAGACGAGGUCCGGCACGUUCAACACUGGCGUUUAGAAUGUAGUCGUCAACGAUGCCGAAAUCGAAACAGACGAUGAGCUGAUGCAACCGGACGAAGUACCGCAAACUGAGGGUGCUAUAUGCAAAAAAUGCAACGAGAAUAAUGCCGAAGUCGUACUCAGAGUUAAGGACACUUACUGCAGCACAUGUUUUCUCGCUGCAUCCACGCACAAAUUCAGGGCCACCAUCGGAAAAUCCAAGCUAGUGAGACCGACUGAUUCGAUACUCAUCGGACACUCAGGAAAGGCCGGAUCCACUGUCCUUUUGCAUUUGAUCAAGGCAGGAAUGAGCGAAGCUGUUCACAAAAGGCUCAUGUACAAGACAACGGUACUCUAUGUCGAUGACGGCGCGGUACUGGGUCAAACUGUAGACCAGCGAAAAUCAACUAUAUCUGCAAUUCGCGAACAAGUUCAUGGUCUUGGCUUCACUGGAUACGCAGUAUCUUUGAACGAGUCAUUGCACAGUUCUGAACCAAAGAUUUAUCCUCUGGAUGAAGAGGCGGAAGAUCUCAAAGGAGACUCGGAUGUCGUCGAUUUGUUCAACGCUGUAUCGAGUUAUACCUCAAAAGAAGAAUUACUCCAUAAAUUACGUCAGAAGUUAUUGAUUUCUGUUGCACGCUCUCUUGGAUGUUGUAAAGUGUUCACAGCUGAUGGUGCUACGGAUUUGGCGAUAACAAUACUUAGUAACAUAGCUUUGGGUCGAGGUGCACAGCUUCCAUUGGAUGUUGGUUUCGUUGAUUCUAGGGAGCUGGACAUAAGAAUAUUGAGACCCAUGCGAGACUUUACCAGGAAGGAGCUGAUCUAUUAUUUGAAUUUUCACAAACUCGAGACCAUCCAAACACCUGGUUUAACGACUAAGAAAGAACCUUAUACGAGUAUACAAAAACUAACUGAAAAAUUUGUCACAGAAUUGAAUACAGAAUUUUCGGGGACCGUUUCCGCGAUAUUUAGAACAGGUGAAAAACUAAGUAUAGGCAAUUUAGAAGCGAGUAAUUUAAUCGAGACAUGCGCCCUGUGUAGGGCUCAGCUAGACACAGUAUUUACGGACACUUCUUCUCUGCAGGCCACAGAGUUUUCCAAAUUGAUAUCUGCAGAAGGGCCAAAAGGUAAUAUUGGCAAAGCUGCGUUUGAGCUAAAAAAAUUUCCUUGUGUCAUCGAUGCAGCUGAGAAUGUACUAUUACGUGAUUCGAAAAAUUGUGACAACUGUAGCUGUAGCAAAGGCAAAGAGAAAUUUGAAAUGUCUGCCAAGAAUUUUGAGAAGUACCUGUGCUAUGGGUGCAGAUUAAUAUUUAAAGAUCUGGACAAGCAACACAGCAUUCCGGACUUUUUACAAAACUCCGUAAGGCAAAGAAUAUCUUUGGAUGAUAUGCGAGAGGAGAUAGCAGAUUUUUUAUUGUGAUUAAAAUAUCUUGGUCAAUAAGUUCGUUGUAAAUAAACUAUAUCCCUACCAAAUCCUUGUUUGCUCGUGACGAGAAUUAGUAGUAACAAUAAUUCCAAGUAUUGGCGUUACUAAUCGGCUGAAUGGCGGUAAAAAAUAUUUCUUUCCUCAUAAUUCAAUCUGAAGCAGAUUAUUUAUUUUUACAACUACAACUUUAUACUGCUUCGGCAGUGAGUUAAAAAAAAAAUGAUAACAUCGUUAAGACCCUUCAAUUUCUUCACAGUCUGCAUUGAAUCAAAUUUUGCAUGUAAAUGUGAACGCGGUUUUCCGAACUGUGCUGAAUGCAAA